AUGGCGACAGAAAGCUUUGGAUUCCAAGCUGAGAUCUCUCAGCUCUUGGACCUUAUCAUCAAUACUUUCUAUUCGAACAAGGAGAUCUUCCUUCGUGAACUCAUCUCCAAUGCCUCCGAUGCCCUCGACAAAAUUCGAUACGCGUCUCUGACUGACCCUUCAGUGCUCGACACUGGCAAGGACCUCGUCAUUCGCAUCAUCCCGGACAAGGAGGGAAAGAUCCUCUCCAUCCGCGAUACUGGUAUCGGUAUGACCAAGGCUGACAUGGUCAACAACUUGGGUACCAUCGCAAAAUCCGGAACAAAGGGUUUCAUGGAAGCUUUGAGUUCUGGUGCCGAUAUCUCCAUGAUCGGUCAAUUCGGUGUCGGUUUCUACUCCGCAUACUUGGUUGCCGAACGUGUUCAGGUUAUAUCUAAGCACAAUGACGAUGAGCAGUACAUUUGGGAAUCUGCUGCUGGAGGUACCUUUACUAUCACCCAGGACACUGUCAACCCUCCUCUUGGACGUGGUAGUGAGAUCCGACUACACUUAAAGGAGGAUCAGCUCGAGUACCUUGAGGAAAAGAGGAUCAAGGAUAUCGUAAAGAAGCACUCGGAAUUCAUUUCCUACCCCAUACAGCUCGCUGUGACCAAGGAAGUUGAGAAGGUGAGCUACUCACGGUUGCAUCUUACCGACGACGAGGCUGAAGAGGAAGAGGACGCUGAGAACAAGCCCAAGAUCGAGGAAGUUGACGAUGAGGAAAAGCCUAAAGAUAAGAAGACAAAGAAGAUCAAGGAGGUUGAGACUACUAACGAGGAGCUCAACAAGACGAAGCCCAUUUGGACACGUAACCCUAGCGAUAUCACGCCUGAUGAGUAUUCGGCGUUCUACAAGAGCUUGACCAACGACUGGGAAGACCACCUUUCUGUGAAGCAUUUCUCUGUCGAAGGUCAGCUUGAAUUUAAGGCUAUCCUCUUCGUUCCGAAACGUGCUCCCUUCGAUCUCUUUGAGUCGAAGAAGAAACGUAACAACAUCAAGCUCUACGUCCGUCGUGUCUUCAUUAUGGAUGAUUGCGAGGAUAUCAUCCCCGAGUAUCUCAACUUCGUCAAGGGUAUCGUUGAUUCCGAGGAUCUGCCUCUCAACAUCUCUCGUGAGACAUUGCAGCAGAACAAAAUUCUCAAGGUCAUUCGCAAGAACAUUGUCAAGAAGUGCAUGGACAUGUUCUCUGAGAUUGCAGAGGACAAGGACAAUUUCAACAAGUUCUACGAAGCUUUCGGCAAGAACUUGAAACUCGGUAUCCAUGAAGACGCGCAGAACCGCAGCAAGCUCGCCGAAUUCUUGCGCUUCUUCUCUACCAAGUCUACCGAUGAGCAAACCUCGCUCAAGGACUACAUUACUCGCAUGCCUGAAGUUCAGAAGUCAAUCUACUACCUCACCGGUGAAUCCCUUGCUGCUACUCGCGACUCUCCGUUCCUCGAAGUCCUUAAGAAAAAGGGUUUCGAAGUUCUUCUCCUCGUUGACCCCAUUGAUGAGUAUGCCAUCACCCAGUUGAAGGAAUUCGAUGACAAGAAGCUCGUUUGUGUCUCGAAGGAGGGUCUUGAACUUGAGGAGACUGAAGAGGAGAAGAAGGCCCGUGAGGCCGAAACCACUGCCUUCAGUGAACUUUGCACCGUCGUCAAGGAUGCUCUCGGUGAUAAGGUUGAGAAGGUAGUCAUCUCGAACCGUAUCACUGACUCACCUUGUGUCCUCGUUACUGGUCAAUUCGGCUGGUCAUCAAAUAUGGAGCGUAUCAUGAAAGCUCAGGCUCUUCGUGACUCGUCAAUGUCAUCUUACAUGGCAUCGAAGAAGACGCUCGAGCUUAACCCUUCCAAUCCUAUCAUCAAGGAGCUGAAGCGCAAAGUUUCGGAAGACAAGGCUGACAAGUCUGUCCGCGACCUUACCUACCUUCUCUUCGAGACUGCUCUGCUCACUUCUGGCUUUGCUCUUGAUGAGCCAACAUCGUUCGCCAAACGUAUUCACCGUAUGAUCUCGCUGGGUCUUGACGUUGAUGAAGAAGAAGAGGUAGCCGCCGAGGCUUCGACAAAUGACGCACCACCACCGUUAGAGGCCACCGCCAGCUCUGCAAUGGAGGAGAUCGAUUAA